AUGUCAGUGGAAAACAGGACAGUCAUCAUCACCGGAGGAGCUAGAGGUAUUGGGGCUGCGACAUCACGACUCUACAAUGCUCAUGGAGCUCAAGUGGUAAUCGCCGACUUAGCCAGCGCCCAUGAUGCAGCCGACGAACUCAUACACUCCUGUCGACAUCCUUCUCGCGCCGUUUUCACAGCGGUAGAUAUUGCCAACUGGGACGAUAUGACAUCGCUAUUCCGGAAGGCGACUGAGCGCUUUGGACGAGUCGAUAUUGUAGUGGCUAAUGCUGGGAUUAUGGAGCGGAAGGACACCUUUUCACUUGAUGAGGUUGACGAACACGGUGAACUGAUGGAAUCGAAGGAAGCCUUUAGAGUAAUCGAUAUCAACCUGAAAGGGACACUUAACACUCUGAGGUUAGCCAUGCACUACAUGAGCAAGCCCAGAGUAGACGGCGACGCCGGGUCGAUUGUGCUCAUCGCCUCAACUUCUGGAUACUUCGGGGGCACCGGCGUGGCCGCUUAUGUCGCAUCCAAGCAUGGUGUCAUAGGUCUCCUCCGCGCAUGCCAGGGGGUUGCGAUAAGUCGAGGAAUCAGAGUCAACGCCGUGGCCCCGUUCUUCACUCCGACACAGAUCACUGCCGGCUAUGCACAGCAGUGGAAGGAUUCUGGGUUGGAGGCAAACACCCCGGAGACCGUUGCGGAGGAGAUUUACCGGGUAUCUGUGGAAACAUCUCUUACAGGAGAGUGUUCAAUGGUCGCAGGGAGAUUUGUUCACAACGUGGAAUCAGCAAGAACAGCCCUUAUUCCGGCUAUCGUAGGCCAGGAUAUUGCAAACUUGAUGGCACAAUCAAAAGGAUUCUUUGCUUCAAUUGGCGGUUACCGCUUGCCUGAACUGAAAUAA